CGUGACUUUGUUCCCUGCGUGUUCUUUCUGCACGGACCAAAACAACGCGCACAUGUCCGCACUUUUCGGCGCUUUUUCUACGUUUUUGCGCCAUGUUCGAGGCACAGUCCGCACGUUUUAGUUCUCCGUGACCAUGGCGCAGUCCGACAUGUCCGCUCCUCUGCUGGACUCGGGGGACCUGGUGGAGUCCGUGGCGCUGAGCGUGGGGGACCCGGCCGUGUGCGUCCUGGGCUCCGGGGACUUCUCCAGGUCCCUGUCGUCUCGGCUCCGGGGCUGUGGCUGCAGAGUCCUGGUGGGCAGCAGGGACCCGCAGAGACUCGCCCCCGGUCUGUUUCCUGAAGGGACGGAGCUGAAGACGCAGAGGGCAGCGCUGGAGGCCCUGGCAGAGGCCGGCGGGUCCCUGGUGUUCCUGGCGCUGUACCCGGAGCACUACCCCUCCCUGCUGGCUCUGCGCCCCCUGCUGGCGGGGAGGACUCUGGUUGACGUGAGUAACGCCUCGGGUCUGAAGCGGGGGGGAGAGUCCAACGCACAGAGGCUGGCCCGGAUGUUCCCCUGCUCCUCCGUGGUCAAAGGCUUUAACGGACUCUCCGCCUGGACCCUGCUGACCGGAGCGCACGACCACAGCCGACAGGUGCUGGUGUGUGGAGACUGUCCCUCCUCUAAACUCUCGGUCCUGGUUCUGGCUCAGAGGUUGGGCUUCAGGGCGGUGGACGCGGGGGGUCUGUGCGCGUCCGGGGCCCUGGAGGAGGCGCCGCUGCUCCUGUUCCCGUCCUGGAGAGGUCCUCUGCUCGCCGCCGCGACCCUCUUCACCUUCUUCUACCUCUACACCGCCCUCAAAAACGUCCUGAUGCCCUACCUGGACCGCGGGGAGAACAACCUGUACCACCUGCCCCUGGUCACGGUGAACCAGGCCCUGCCCGCCGUGGCCCUGGUGACGCUGGCGCUGGUUUAUCUGCCAGGUCUGUUGGCGUCUGUGCUGCAGCUCUACAGAGGCACUAAAUACAAGCGCUUCCCCGAUUGGCUGGACCGGUGGAUGUGCGCCCGGAAACAGCUGGGGCUCCUGAGCUUCCUGUGCGCCGCCCUCCACGCCGUCUACAGCGUGUGUCUGUCCAUCCGCAGGGCCUCGGGCUACAUGAUCCUCAACGCGGCGUAUCGACAGGUAAAGGCAGGUGUAGAAAACUCGUGGGUGGAGACGCAGGUCUGGAGGUCGGACUUGUACCUCUCCAGUGGAAUUCUGGGACUUGGAGUUCUGUGUGUGUUGGCCCUGACCUCGCUGCCCUCUGUGGGACACGCGCUGAACUGGAGGGAGUUCACUUUUGUACAGUCGGGUCUGGGCUACACCUCUCUGGUCCUCUCCGUCGCACACGUCCUCUUCUUUGGGUGGGACUUCGCGCUGCACCCGUGGGCGUACCAGUACUACCUGCCGCCCGUGUUCCUGCUCUCCCUGCUCCUGCCGUGCUGCGUGCUGAUCGGCCGCUGCCUCCUGCUCCUGCCGUGCUGUUCGGUCCGACUGGAGAGGAUCCGGAGGGGCUGGGAGAGCGAGCGGCACAGGCCCAAACAGACACAGGACAACGGGGAUGUGUUUGGAGACGUGUAGGACUCAUCGUUUUAUCACAUAUUGCCAAGGAAAUGUCGAAUUUUAGCUCCUGACUGCAGUUUUUAAUGUAAUUUUUAAAUUAUUGGUUUAUAAUCGUGCAUCUCGUGCCUUUAUCCUGUUUAAGGAAUGAAAAAAAACCUCAAGAGCUCAGCAAAUAUUCUGCCUCUCACUUCUUCUACAGCUCUGUUUGCCUUUUUCUUAUAAACGUAAAAUAAAAAUACAUAAAAAAAAACAAUAUUCACAUGAUUAUUAUUGUUACUGGUAAAGCCUUGAGAUUAAAAUGGGUCUUUGUCACUAUAAAAGGACACUACAGAUGUUUCCUGUCAAAUACAUCAAAUAUUAAACGUGAGAUACGUUUUUAUUCUUCAUUUACCGAUCACUGCCUCAGAUCAGA